CAAGUGCGGGGUCGCGCGUCGUCGAGUCCAGUCGAGUCCGGACCCUGCCGCUCGCAGAAAUGGCCUUCUCCGGAUGCCUCCAUCGACCAUCCCAGUCUCAUCGCACGGGCGAAGCGCGGCCAGUGGGUCUGAAAUAAGGGCUCUAACAAAUCCCCCUGGCUGUGUUUGCAUCUAGCCGAGGUGCUCUACACAAAUCAUGUUUCGUCUCGGCCGCUUCCGGUCCGAUCCAUCUGUCAAUGACAGCGCCGACGAUGACAGCCCGCAGAACCAUCCAAGAACUCUCCCUUCGAAGGCCUCUAUUAGUCAAGGAAGUAUGAACUCAUUGGGGUCAAGCGCUGGGGACUCCGAUGUCGCGAUUCGGACUCGUCCAAGGCCACAGCUGCGUACCAGCUACACAUCGUCGUCCUCGUUCAGCUCCCGCCCCGAGGGGAGCGGCAGUGGCGCCGCCGCCCCAGACCCCCUUGGCCUCCAGCUCGUGCACAAGGUUGAUAGCUCUGUCGGCGACAUUGUGUUUGUGCACGGGCUGGGUGGUUCUGCAUGGCGUACCUGGUCGUGGAAUCGCGACCCGACUCUGUUCUGGCCCGACUGGCUUGCUGAAGAGGGCGACGUGCUCGCCAACUUCGGAGUCUGGACCUUUGGUUACAAUGCAGGCUUCCGAGGAGCAGCGACAAACCUGACCAUACUGGACUUCGCCAAGGAUCUGCUUCUGCAGCUCAUCACGGCGCUCGACGAUGGCCAAGAUCGCGCAGCGGACUUGAACCUGCAAAGGCCCAUCAUCUUCGUCGUCCAUUCCAUGGGAGGCCUCGUUGUGAAGAAGGCCUACACGAUGGGCAAGCAUGACGACCAGUACGCUGGGCUUGUAUCCAGAAUCAAGGCAAUCCUGUUUCUAGCCACUCCUCAUCGGGGCUCUCAAUAUGCCAAAAUCCUGAAUACCAUCUUGUCGACUACCCCCCUCGCUACGUCCUCAAAAGCCUAUAUUGCAGGACUGGACAUGCAAUCCGACACCAUCCAGGACAUCAACGAGGCCUUCCGACAACACAGUGAUGGCUUGUUGCUGUACUCUUUCUACGAGAACUUGAAGACAACCAUCGGUUUCACAAAAGCAAUGAUUGUGGAUAAGUCUUCAGCUGUUCUGGGGUACCCCUCGGAAAUGUCGGUUGGCAUGAACGCCGACCACCACAACGUUUGCAAAUAUAAGGAUAGAUCGGAUCCGAACUUUCGAACGGUCAGGGGUGUCUUGAAGAGAUGCGCGCUCGAUUGUGCGCCACGCACUGUUCCUGCCCCUAUCAACAUCACAGUGCCAUUUGCCCCUGAGAUCUCUUCGACUCUUGAUGCUGAACAGCGGAUAGCCGAUGUUUUCGGCCUCAGGGGUAUUGUCGACGACACCGGGGCUGGAACGAGCACCACCGGACCUGGCACAUCCGGGAGCUGGCUUUUCGAGAGACGAGAGUUUCAAAGCUGGCUGCCAGGUCCCGGGGACGAGACCGGAUGUCAGCAGUUUCUCCUCGUGGGCCUCCCGGGGACGGGCAAGACAGUCCUCUCCCGGAUGACGGUGAAUCGCCUCAAAUCGAUGGGCCUGAAUGUUCAGCACCACUUUUUCGAUCGCACAAACCACCUGAAACGAACGAGGCAGUUUUGCUUCCACUCCCUAGCUGCGCAGCUGGCUCUCACCAACAAGUUGUUCAGAGACGAAGUGCUUCGGCUUCAUGACAAUACGGGAAUUUCAUUCGACCUACGGGACUCUAGUAUGGAUUUUCAGACAGUUUGGGAGCGCUUCUUUGAAGGAAUUCUAUUCCAGAUCCGCUUGGAAAACCCCAUUGUCUGGGUUCUGGACAGCAUAGACGAGUCUGACGCUCCCAGUCUCCUGCUACCGCGACUCACUGCCAUUCAGUCCCGGAGCCCGAUACGCAUUUUCACCACAAGCAGGCCUCUGAAGGGGCUCCCAUCCUGGGACCAGACCAGGACGCUGACGUAUUUCAUGCGGCCCUCGGAUACGACGGAAGACAUGGCCAACUACGUCACCAAAGCGGUUCAGGACAGCGUCCCAGAUGAUCCCGUUACACAGAAGUUCGUGAGGGACGAGAUUCUUUCGAGGGCCACUGGCUCUUUCCUCUGGGCACGGCUAGCCUUGGAAAUCAUACAGGAUAGCUGCCACAUCAAGAACGACAUACUCGCGGCACUCACAGAGGUCCCGAAGGGGAUGGCGGCAAUGUACAGCCGGAUGAUGGCUGUGAUGGAGGAGCAGCCGCCUCGUAACCGAAACCUCGCAAAAAGGGUGCUGCAAUGGGUUGCGUGCAGUGUCAGAGCCUUGUACGUGGACGAGAUCGCCGCGGCUUUGCAGCCCGAGUUUGGCGAGUUCGUGAACCUGGCCGUCUCCCUCACGCAGAUAUGCGGGCACUUCAUCACGGUCGACCGCUCCGAGCCCGGCCGUCCCAAGGUGUCCCUCAUCCACACGACCGCGCGGGAGUUUCUGCUCCAUGGUGGCGACGACGGCAAGCCGCCCUACAUCGACGCAAAGAAGGCUCACGAAUAUGUUGCCCUGGCCUGCUUGGGCUACCUCAGCGACGACCAGUGGAAGAGGCGAUUUGGCGCCAUACCGCCCACAUGGGGACAGGCGGAGACCUCGACGGGCUCGGAGCGACUCGCAGAGAUAAUGAGGGAACACGCCCUUUUGGAAUACGCGGCUUCACAGUGGGCAUAUCACCUGUCGCGCUCGGGCGUCGACAGCUCUGCUCUGAUCGAAGCCCUGGAGAGUUUUCUGCUUAACUACUGCCUCUCCUGGAUUGAAGGGAUCGCCCUUUCGCAAAGAAUGGCAACUCUGGUUCGGUCGGCAAAGUCCCUCAAGAAAUUCGCCAAGAAGUCGAAUCGCCACUUCCUCCUCGACCCCAAGCAGACCAUGUACAACAUUUCGGCGGCGACGAGCCCGGUGAGUCCGGUCACCCAGGACUCGCUCGACUGGGUCCAGCUUUGGGCGACGGACUUUAUCCGGAUCGCCGGCAAGUUCGCCGCCAACCUUGUCUGCAGCCCCUCCUCGGUCUACCGGAACAUCCCUCCGAUGUGCCCUGCACAGUCCAUGAUCGGCAAGACGUUUAGCGGCUCCAUGCCGCCGUUCGCCAGGUCUGAUCACUUGUCGGUGAGUGGCCUGUCGUCCGAGACCUGGGACGACUGCCUCGCCAGCGUCGUGGUCGGCAACGACGAGUUCGUCAACGGCGUGCUCGCGACCGAGAGCUACUUCUUCACCCUAGUCAGCAGCGCCGGCUGCAUCACCGCCUGGAGCGCCCACACCUGCGAGAAGUUGCGCAGCUUCAAUCAUGGGGAGUACGUCCCCGUGAUGGCCGUCGGGCGAGCCGGCAACAAGCUGGCCGCUUCAGGCUUCAGCUCCUAUUCUAUCUGGGAGGUUUCCACAGGGCGGAGACUGCACAGGAUCCCCAAAACCCAUGAUGCCAUUGUACGAAGCCUGGCGUUUGGCCCCGGCGAGACCGAGAUCAAAGCAGCACUCGACGACUGCACAAUACAGUCGAUAGACCUGGAGUUAGCCAAGGUCGAAGCCGUGCAGCUCGAAGGCCUUGGCCUGGACCUGGGGUACCAGGGAUCGCCUUGGAGGCAGGCACUCAGCCCCGACCUUACUAGGGUGGCCAUGGCGUGGCGCGGGCGGACUCCCAUCGUGGAGGACCUGCGGAGCCGGGGCAAGCAGCCGCUGAGAUGCCGCAGCCGCGGUUCCUCGGACCCCCUGAUGUACCCCGAGCAGCUAGUGUGGCACCCAGACGGUAGCCAAUUGAUGAUUCUCUGCAACGACACCAGCCUCUGGGAAUGGAGGCUCUCAGACGACGACAUCCUCGAGCAUCCCAACGUCCGGGCCCGCGACCUGGCAAUCUCGGAGGACGGGUCUCUCCUCCUCACGAUCGAACACACCGGCACCAUCAGCAUCUGGGCGACCCCGCACCUAAACCUCCUAUACCGGCUGGUCAACAGCGGCGAUCCGAGCGCCGCGGCGGCCUUCAGCCCCGACAGCCAGCGCUUCUACGAUGUGCGCGGGUCGAUCUGCAGCGCCUGGGAGCCGGACGCGCUCGUGCGGUCCGACGACCACGACAACGAGGACGCCACGAGCACUGCGGGCAGCUCCAUGCUGACGGAGCCCGUGAUAUCGGCCCAGCUUAGUCCGAACUCGACCAUUACUGCUAUCGCCAUGGGGCCCGCGGACAAGUUCUUUGCCUGUGCGCGUGAGGACGGGUCCGUCAUCAUCCACGACUCCCUCGACGGCGGGAAGCGGCUGCGUAAGGUGCACUCGCACCCUCCUUCCUCCGAGGUGUGCUUGCUCGUGUGGUCGACUUCUGGAAAGUACCUGGCCUCCUGUGACGAAUCCGGACAUCUCAUCGUGAAGAAGCUCCAGACCAAGGAGGAGGACAAGCCCGCAGCCAACGAAGCCGGCGGCAGAAUAAGCGGACCAUAUCGUGCUGCCGAGGCUGGCUUUAAGGGCAGAUGGGCGGUGUUUCCAGCUCUAGACUGCCGUCUCGGCGAGCCCGCCAGGCAGCUCAUCUUCCACCCGGACGAGAAGCUGAUCUGGAUCAGCACCGGCCGGAGGGAGCGGCUCUGGGACCUAAAGAGCAAGAAAGAGGUGUUCGCCUCUCCGCCCCGCGAGGGAAGGGAGCAGUGGCACUGGCGUCAGCACCCGAUGCAGCCGGAUCGCCUCCUCUGCUUCCGUGGUCUGGAAGGCCACGCUGUAGACUGGCUGUCGGGGAGGGAUCUAGAUGUAGACGCCGCAGCUGUACAGACAGGGGCAGGCGUCGAGGAAUCCAGCCCGCUUCUUUCACCAGACGGAGGCCAGGGGGAGCCCGCAAGACACCGCUCGCCGAGCCCACAUAGGUUCUGCCGCUGCAAAAACGUCAUCUGGUCGGCCACGGUAAGCGACGGACACCAUAUAAUCCUAGCCUUGUCAACGGCCGAUGACCCCUGGGCGAUGACUUCUCACGCGGGGGUCGAGCUGCAUCUUGUAAACAUCCAACAGUCCCCAAGGGACGUUGGCGCGGCAGCGGUUACCUCACCCACUUUAAACCGGUCUUCCAGGGAUGGUCAGCGCAUAAAUCAGCCGGAGAUACCAGCAGAGAUAUGCUCCAGAGUCAGGCUACUCCUUGGAUCGAGAGGGUCCAGUUUGAUCUUUCUAGGGCUCGACGGUUGGGUCUUCUCGUACGACACCGGCUCGAUAGGAACCAUGUCAGCCACGAGGGGUGGUGGUGGCACUUCAGGCAAGACGAAUCCGAGGUCGGACCUGGACCUCGUCGGGCUGCGGCGGCAUUUCUUCCUGCCCCGGGACUGGCUCAACACCACGACGGCGCACAUGGCGUGUGUUGGAGCCGGCGGAGACGCGACCUUCUUCUGCCCGAAGCAGGGAGAGGUGGCCAUUGUAAAGAACGGCCUGCGCUUUUGAGUUUGAAGCUGGAGAAAGUAUAGCUCAUAUACAUAGAGAAAGAUGCUGUAUGACCGGAACUGCGUAGCCCACUGAAGGAAUCAUUGGCACUGACGCCGAGCCCUCCGUGAGUCCUACAGACAACAGCAACAAGUGAUCUUGUGGGAAUACUGCCGAGACCCGCACAGCCCGACAGUUGAUGGCAGAGUUUAGGUCGAAAUUUAAAGUUGGG